AUGUCAACUACAGUCAAUUCAUUUGAAGAGUUUGAAUUAUUACAAAAAGAUAAUAAAUACUUGGUUGUAUUAUUUUGGGCAGAAUGGAGCAAACCAUCAAUUCAAAUUUCAGCAGUAUUUGACCAAUUAGCUCAACAAGCAAACAACAACGCUGCAAAUAAACUUAAAUUUUUAAAAAUUGAAGCAGAAAAAGUUCAUCAAGUAUCAGGUAAAUAUAAUGUUAAAUCAGUACCAACUGUUGUAUUUUUAAGUCAAGGUAAAUUAGUUAAUAGUAUCGUUGGUGCCAAUCCAGCAGAUAUCGCAUUACAAACCAACAAUUUCGCCAAAACAUGCGAUACUGUUAAAGAAGAAAAGAAACUCUUAAACGAAAGAUUAGAAAAAUUAGUUAAUCAAGCUCCAGUAAUGUUAUUUAUGAAAGGUGUACCUGACCAACCACAAUGUGGUUUUUCAAAUAAAACUGUUGCAAUCCUCAGAGAAAAUGGUUUUGUUUUCGAUUCUUUCAAUAUUCUCUCUGACCAAGCUGUCCGUAAUGGUUUAAAGGAAUAUUCAAAUUGGCCAACUUAUCCACAAUUAUAUAUUAAUGGUAAAUUAGUUGGAGGUUAUGAUAUCAUUAAAGAUUUAAAUGAAGAAGGCGAAUUAAAAGAAAUGAAACCAUAA